GUUAUUUUGACGUCUACGCCAUUGAGUUUUCUGUGUGGUCCAAUCUAGGUGUAACCUGGCAUGGAGUCCGCCAUUAAGCAGUCGUGAGAAAAGUCGACGCGAACUUGGCGCGCGUCUGCCCCAUUUUUGAGCAUGGUUGGUUUCUGUUGCGUACCGUCGUGCCACCAGAGGUUUGUGAAGCAAAAGAGUAGCCCCGAAUGCUCAUUCGAAGAAAAGGUUUCGUUCGUUCGCCUGCCCUACAGAAACGAGGAGCUGCUCCAGAAGUGGCUGGAGGCCAUCACGAGGGACGAGGACAAGGAAGUAAAGUUUAACUACGCUACAGUACUGUGCUCGAAGCACUUUGACGAGGAUGACUUCUAUCGCGGCUACGUGAAUGGCAGGCGGCAUCUCAAGGAUGGCGCGGUGCCCCACGUUUUCACAUGCAGGGCAUCUAAGAAACGCCGUGUCAAACCUCAGCAUCCCGUUCCCAACGCAGCUGCGCUCAUCAAGGAAGUCAUGGGCGUUGCCAGGUACCGCCUGGUGCACGGACAGCUUGAACAGGUCCCAUCUUCGAUUCCUGUGGUCACGACGGAUGCGAAGCCGGACCAUGAUUAUGGCUUGGCUUCCAGCGCAGACUCCGCUAUCAUUACAGACAAUGGUGAAGAUGAAGCUGUGGAGAUGGCAGCUAUGGAUUACAACACUGCGAUUAUGGAUCCUGUGCACACCUACUGCAAGCCAAAGCCCAUGAGUGGAAUAGAGGAAGAAGUCGGUGCGGAACCUUACCGCAGUUGCUCCGACGAGCCAACUGAGCUGUUGAACAUAGAUACAGUUGCCCCAACAUCAAUGUCCCAUUGCGCCAUGCCCAUGAUAGGUUCCAGCGUUGACGAUGAGAGAACUUUGGACUUGGAUACAAUGACAAUCGAUUUUGAAUACACCGAUAAGCACAUCAAUUCAGAUCAGGAGAUGGCCAUUCUUCUGGACGAUGUCUCAGAAAUUCACUUGGAAACAAUCAGAAAAGUUCCCAUAGAAUUUCUUGGACCACCCAGCCAGGCCAUGCGUGGUCCUGUCCAAUGGGAGGACGCUCACUCCGGCAGUAGUGAACAGUCUCCCGAGUUGGAAGGGCUUCCAAGGCGGGUCUUCGAGCUGGAAAAGGAGAUUGAACGGAUGAACCGUGUUGUGGAGUGGUACAGCCAGCAUGCCACUGACACAAAAAAGGAAAAGGAUCAGCUGGCAAAGAAAGCAGCGUUACUUGAGCAGAAGUGCAGUAACCUUGAAAAGUGGCGCUUCACGAUCGAGAACCUUCGGCAAAAACCGAAGGACCUGCAUUUUUAUACCGGACUUCCGGAUUACACGGCGUUCGAGGACUUAUUCCAGGGCUUGAUCGGCAGUAGGGUCGAGAGGUUAGCGAAGUUAAGGGCCGAAGAACGAGUGUCUAAACGCGACAAGCUGUUCAUGUUCCUCGUUCAAUGGCGUCUGGGACUGCCCGAGCGAGACCUGGCCUUCCGGUUCCAUCUGUCGCAUGCCACCAUCUCUCGUAUGUGUCUCAAGUGGAUCAAGUUCAUCUACCAGGGCCUGGGCCGUCUCCGUUCCUGCCGUCGUCUGUGCAGAAAAGGUCCAGCACCGACGUGUAGCACGACGGAACUGGUUGGUGACUGCAACAAGAGUACUGCCGGCUCUGAUUCGAGGCAGGGAGAGCUUUCGGACACAGGCAGAGUGGUGCAGUCGCUUUCCUCGAAUACCGCAACAAUAUUCGUAUGCCCUGCCAUGGACGCGGAACUUACGAGAAAGGUCACCCAGGCAUACGAUCCUCAGGAAGGUGCGUGCAGUGACGGCAGCGUAGACAUAGAAGUUGUUGACAUGUUAUGCGACGCAGGCCUUCCGUUGAACUUAUCGCGGCUUUUGUGUCAACACCGGAUGCCCGGCGGCAGUCUGCCAACGGAGGACGAAAUUAUGUCCCUGCGUGACGAUGUGGAGCGUGCAAUCCCAGAGAUACAAAACUAUCGCAUAUUCUAUCAGCCCCUCUCGCCAUCUCUGCUUCCAUUGGCCCUUAGACUGCUAGCAAUAUGCGUGGUGCUCACGAAUUUCUCAAAGUCCUGAUUUUAAUUUCCCGGCUAGCGGCUUGGUGCCUUCAAGCGUGGAACUGGGCAGUUUGGCAAAAAGUUUGUGAAAGUUGUGACAUUAGAGCAGCGUCAUUGGCCACAUAUCAAGCUGGUAUGCGCAGCAGUGCAUCUUGCAGUUGCUUACACAUAGCUGUGUCAUGUGUCUUGAACGAAUGUUGCACUCUGUAUGGGAUAACAUGGCACGUAAUGUGUGUGCUUCAGUAUAAACAGCAAGGUAGCUGCAGAAGGGUUGCAUGUGCCCUUCAAAAAGCAGAUGACUGUGAUAAACUUACAAAAUAAACAAGUUAGCUAUGACAGAAGGUUAUGCUGUCAUGGCUGUCAAGUCAAGCCUACAUUAGAUUGGCUUAUGUACUAUGUGAUUGAUGCACAAUAUUGGUACCGUAAGAACAGCCAAAAUAUGUCCAAUGCUGUGUUUCAUGUGUCCUGUCUACUUACAAAUAAAGUUCAGAAACAGGUUUCAUAGAGUAAAAAGUAGUUUGUCCGAAAAUGUGAUGGUGUACAACUUAUUUUCAGAGUCUGUAAUGUAAGAAUUGUCACAGAAUCUGGUGACAAGCACAAAGGUCGAGCUUUAAAAUUUAAAUUACAGGCCAUUUUGAUUGGUUUUAGGUUCUAAAAUGCUGAAUGUAACGUAUUAUGGUCUUCAGUGCUGUUGUGCAGAGCUAAAAAGUAUGUUUCUUCAAAAGUUUACAGACCCUGGAUCCUCCAAGAAAGCAUAACUUUAUUGCUGUUUCAGUGUCCAGCUACACUAUUGGCCACUGGCACAGGUAGUGAAUCCACGCACGUGACGGUAUUCUGGAAUCCGUAUUUUCUCGUUGGGGGGAGGGGGGCUGACUGUUUCUUGGGACUUGUAUUCAUCGUGUACUUACUUGCCCUGGCUGCCAUAUUGUUUCCAGUGCAUUCAAACAGCUGUACACUGUCGUCCUUUAUGAAAGGAAACACGUGAGAGCGUGGCCUGCACUCUGCGGUGGCCUCGCAGUUGAUGAUGGGGGUGACCCAUCAUCAACUGACAGCAAAAGAAAAGACGCUGGCUUGUGGCGUUGGCUUUGCAAAGACGCUGGCUUUGCAUCUAUUGGCAAACAAAAUGACGAGUUAUGGCCGCUGCACAAGUGCUGCAAGAUACUGUAGGCAGCCGUUGUAGAGAGCAGGUCACGCGAUCGUGUGUUCCCUUUCAUAAAGAAUGACGGUGUACAUACUUUACCAAAAGCAUGUGGACCAGGUGCCCGGAAAUGGCUUGAUGCAUCAGCUUGUACCUGAAAUAAGUGGCUGCAGGGCAUAGUUUGCAUUGACAUCAUUGAAAUGCAAUAACCAGCUUUAACUUUGUCAAUCUUGGUUUCCAGGAAUUUAUUUAGUUAUUUCAAAACUGCUAUCUUGCAUGUUCUUAUCGAUUCUAGUUGCGCAUGCCUCUGUGAGAAAAGUACCAAAGUGUUCCCUCUGAACUAGGGCUUUCUUUCACAAAAGUCUGUUUAGUUAUGUAUAGAGCUGUUGAACUGCUACGCAACUGUAAUUUGUUACAGCGUUAGCAAGUGGCUAUAAAAGUAAAUUUACAUUAGUUAUCUCCAUGGCAAUAAAUUCCUGUUUUUGACUACAA